AUGUCCGCUCGAACCAUCCCUUCAGCAUGGGAGAACCUCAACAGAACAUCAAGGAAAGAUCAUCUCACUACUCGUGAACCCCAAGAGUCCUCCAGCAGACCUGGACCCUACGGAGUUGGCAAGGGCUGGGUAUCAGGAUUGGACGCAUUACAGACACCGAAGGACGAGAUCGCUGAAUACAUUGUCUAUCGGGUGACGGACGUGACGAAGACCGUACUGCACCAGCAAGACAUGGACGAGCGCUUCAAAGUUGUUGGGAUCGUCAAGCUCUUGGUGGACAGCGUCAGGGAGCACGCUAUCUUCAUGCUGGAUCCAAAGGGAAUCAUAUGUACCUGGAACAGGGGCGCACACCGGUUGAAGCAGUAUGAAGAUUUCGAGAUCAUAGGGAAGAGCUUUUCUGUGUUCUACAGGGGCAAACCUGCCAAGGGGUUGAAGUUGGCGCUGGAGUUCGGAACGUACGAGGACGCGUUCUGGAGAGUGCCAAAGGACGGGUCUCAAUUCUGCGCCAACAUAGUCAUCACAGCGGUGCAUGAUCGGGAUAAGAACCUUAUCGGGUUCGACAAGGUAACAAGGGACUUGACCGAGAGGAAGAAGGCUGAGCAAAAGAUCAUCGAUGCUUAUGAGGACGCUUCUCGAUUGAAGUCCGAGUUCCUAGCAAACAUGAGCCACGAGAUCCGCACGCCCAUGAACGGGGUCAUGUCGGCUGCCACGUUGCUCAACGGAUUGAAGGUAGAAAAUGAACAGCGCGAGCUACUUGACAUUAUCGUUGAGUCAGGGAAGACCUUGUUGAAGAUCAUCAACGACAUCUUAGACUACUCAAAGAUUGAAGCGCAUGAGUUGAAGCGGACGCUAGUGCCGAUGGGAAUCCAGCGUGUUGUAGAAAAGAUCAAACCGAUUGAGAUCCAAGUUUGGCUUGAAGGUGACCUGCGUCCCGUUUUGGGAGAUGAGCUCAGGAUCCAUCAGGUUCUGCUGAAUCUCCUAGACAACGCCGUGAAGUUCACCGAUCGUGGACGGGUCGAUAUAACGGUGACCGCCGAUAUCCGGGUGAGCGUGACAGAUACUGGCAUGGGAAUGAACGAUGUCACAUUGGGAAAGCUGUUCAAGCCCUUUUCGCAAGGAGAUACGUCGAGUCGCAAACGUUUCAACGGGAACGGUCUAGAAUUAUCCAUUUGUAAGCAGCUUAUAGAAUUGCUGGACGGAACCUUGGCCGUGAAAAGCAGGGAAGGGAAGGGUUCGACGUUCACUAUACAUCUGCAGUUGACUUAUGUAUCAGAUACGAGGAACACAAACACGCCGAACGGAGGAAUCAUCAACACGACUCCGAAGGAGCCUGUCAAAGCUUCACGACCACAUGCCAAUAUCCUAGUGGCAGAAGACAAUCCUAUCAACCAGACAGUUGUCCUGAGAGUCCUCCGCAAGUUAGGAUACGAUAAUGUAGACAUAGCAAUUGAUGGUUCAGACUGUCUCGAUAAGUACAAGCGGAAGCACUAUGACCUCAUAUUGAUGGACGUCCAGAUGCCUAUCAUGGACGGGAUAGAGACAACGAGGGCCAUACGCCAGCUCCAGUCAGACAUAUCCAUCAUUGCGAUGACGGCCAAUGCCCUGAAAGGUGAUGAUGACGUGUGUAUAUCAGCGGGAAUGGAUGACUACAUGUCCAAACCUCUAGAUAUGCGACUGCUAGCCACUAAACUUGAGGAGCAUCUGAGCCGAGUGAAGUCCAAACCAGGCUAA